CAAACCAGCAUUCCAAGGAGACCCAGCUCACCAUCUCGCAUCUCCCUCCCUCAGCUCGGCCUCGAUCCUCAUGUGCCAGCCAGGCACAAGACCACGGUCCCCCUUGCUUCCUCCCGCUUCCACCUCACUCCCUCAGCUCACCUCGCGGCCCACAGGCCAUAUAUACACGGACACACCCCUCCCCCUCUAUAGCCUCCUCGCAUUUGCCGCUUAACUCUGGACUCUGCCGCAAAGCUCAGAGCGAGAAAAAGAGAGCUGCAAGCAGCUUGCAGCAGUGCAAUGGCUGGCCGCUGCAGCCUACUGCCAUUGGCAAGGCUGCUUCUCCUGGUGGUGGUUCUUGGCGCUGUGCUUCACUGCAAUGGUGCCGUGGCCAGGCCGCUGCUGGGAAUCGCCGAGCCGCCGGCCUCGCCGGGCGCCGUGGCGGAGGGACCGGGGGACGAUGCUGCGCGGGCAGGGGCAGGCGGCAGGCCCGACCGUUCUGAGGCCGGCGGGGAGGUGAUCCUCGCGGGGUUCGCGGCUGCUGUCAUCAUCGUCGUGUUCUGCUACAUCAGGGUCACCAGGGAGAAGAGCAGCAGCGGCGGCGGCGGCGGUGUGGGAGAAGGAGAGAAGCAGGAAAGCUUAGGAGCGUUCUAAUGGACAGAUGAAGUAACUCUCGCAAAGAAAAAAGAUAGAUGUAGUAGUAGCAGAUGUUUGAGGGACUUGUAAAGAAGAGAGGGAGGGAGGGUUGUUGAUGUAGUUUAGCAGCUGUUUCAGGCUUGUCAGUUCGCUGAUCUCUGGUGUUUGUGCGUGUCGUGUAGAGAGAUGGCAACAGGUACAUAUCCGCUGAGCAGUGAUAUUCCAUACCCGCACCUGUGAA